UGUAUUUGACUAACAGAUGCGACGCAGUCAUGCAGGUGCGUUCGCUGUCCGGCGUGUACUCCCCAUCACAGCACGCCUUCGCAACAUUCUACUCGUACUGAAACGGUUAUUAUUUCUUGCUCGUACCUGUCGAGCCAGCUACGUCACAUUGACUCCGCCGUACGUGAGCUCGAAUCGUAGAGGAAGCAAUACACAUCUCGCUUGCCUGCUGCAGCUACCCUCGCUGAAAAAAAAACAUAAUGCAUCCUACACACGGCUACGGAGAUACAACCCGUGGAGGCGAGACAAUCGUGUUCCUCCAAGCGUGUUGGCAUUCCUAUUUGAUAGCUUUGUGAGCUGCGUCUCAACAUAAAGAAGGCAGCCCUACGGCGCCCGGAGGAAGCAUAUUGUAGACCUCUGUGUAGUGCUACGUCAUCCGUGAAACGGAAUAUUCUUUGGAGGGAUGGGAGGCCACCGGCCUCGAAGUGGUCCCUACGCCGUGGAUUCGGCGUGGAGUUGGUCCGUGGGCCUGGCAUCGACGUGGAUUUUCUUCUGGUCGAAUGUCCUCUUCUGCUCUAGUGGAGUCCUCUACGUGCACCUGGUGGAUCAUUUCGAAGUGUCACACGGGCAAGCUUUUUGGCCAUUCAGCUUGGCCAAUACUCUCUAUCUUAUAAUGGGGCCUGUCUCUGGAUAUCUCAUGGUCCGAGGAAAUCUUCGUUACAUUUCUCUUCUUGGAACAACCCUCGUGUCAUUUGCCGCCUUCCUCUGUUUCAUCAACUUUCAGUAUUCCUCAAUACUGAUGUUUCUUCCGCUCGUCGGAGUUGCCCAAGGCCUCUUCGAUCCAGUCAACCGGGUGACCAUACACCAAGUCUUUGACCGUCAACUACCGCACGCUCGAAGCCUCGCCAUCACCGCAGUCACCGCAUCAUACAUCGUUUUUCCCCCAGCCACCCAAGCCCUGAUUGAAACCUACGGCCUUCGUGGGACCUUCUUACUCCUUUCUGGGUUCAGCAUGCACGCAAUAGCAGGUUCACUUCUCUUACGGCCGCCGGCAUGGAUCCGGAAAAGGCUGAAGAAAUUUAAGAGACUCGGUUCAAGAAGGACACGUUCCAGGAGUAACAGCCGCAGUCGUGCGAUGUCACAGAAUGAGAACUGCUCCGUUGACCAGGCUGUGCUUGAACGCAGACGACAAAAACGACUGGCGGGACUAGGUUGUGUCUCCUACAUGUCAGUAGACUCCAGUGCUGCUGAAGCGAUUAUCGGCAAUGUUGAUUCCGCGGACGACGAAGCCGGCGAUCAAGAAACCCUGCGAAGGACACCAUCCAACGAAGACAUCGUCAUCUUCCAGCAGUGCCAAGUGAACAACGCCGUCUACCAACCAACGGUGUUAACGCUUCCAAGGUCCACUUUCUUCGAACAGACCCGCGACGCGGGAACGGCAUGGAUCACUCGUCUGGAGUUCCUCAAGAACCCAAUGUUCUACGUCAUCACGGCCACGUGGUUUGCAAUCAGCUACGCUUACAUCUCCUUCAUGGUGACUUUCGUAGACGUCAGCAUAAGCAAGGGAAUUUCUGCGACGCGUUCUUCAGUGCUGAUAUCCGUGCUUGCCGUUGGUCAGCUGUUAGGACAGUUGUUGUCCGAGUUCGUGUCUCAGAGGGGCAUCACGACGAGAAGGACACUGGCGAUGGUCAACUGCUGCUUCCUCGGUGUCUUGCUGCUGUGUCUCGCGCCGGCAUGCAGGUCGUACACGUCGCUGGCGUUGUUGGGGCUCAUGGUGGGUUGGUUUUCUGGUAGCAGCUCCGUUCUCUUUGCCCCGAUGCUGGGCGCUGUAUCUGGCUUAGAGAAUCUGUCCACGAGCCUUGGAUGUGCAACGUUUCUCGUGGCACUGGUUACACUGGGACGCCCCAGCCUAGUUGGGUACUUCCGUGAUGUGCAAGGCAGUUACGAAGGCCUAUACAUCGCAUUAGGCAGUACGUUCAUCCUGUUAUUUGUCACGUACGCUAUUGGAGCGCUGUUCAAACGCUUCAGCCGUUCUAGAUAGACGAUAUGAACGCAACGUUCCGAAAAAUCUGUGGAAGUAUUAGCGAUAUAAACAUUUCUGAAAAAGGUCGAAGGUUCAUAGUGACAAGCAACCACAACGCAAGAAAAUACUCAACGUGUUUUUACGCUGUAGCUUUCUAGCGAGCUAAUUACUUUAUGUAACAAGGAGCUCGCGGUGUUUGAAUGUUCUAAUCCGGAAUAAACGUGAUGUGAAUCGCGA